AUGGCAAAUCCUUCAGAUAUGAAGGCAUUAAGUUUAUAUUUCUUGACCUUCAACUGUGGUCUUACCCUCAUCGACACUGAUGCCUUUGCUUCUCAACUUUUCAGCGGCCUCUCAUCCCCUCACUUGCCAGACUUGCUCGUUCUCUCCUUGCAAGAAAUUGCACCCAUACCAUACUCUCUUAUAGGCGGAUCCUUCUUAGUACCAUAUUUCAAUCGAUUCCACGAUGCAGUCGAAAAAGCUUCAAAGAAAUUAUCAGACGAUGGAUCGGCAUACACCUCGAUAGUGGCACGAAAUGUUGGUUUGACGGGAAUUAUGAUAUUUGUAAAAGAUCCGACACUUAUACAAGAUUUAGAGGCUGGUGAAGUUGGAGUGGGAGCAUGGUCAAUGGGAAAUAAAGGAGCAAUUGGAGUACGAUUUACAUACGGAAAUGGAAAUACUUCUACAGAAUUGACGUUCGUUGCGGCCCACCUUGCUGCUAUGGAAGAUGGACUACAAAGACGAAACCAAGACUGGAAGGAUAUUGUCCGCGGACUGGUAUUUUCUUCAACAACCUCGAAUUAUGCUACGACUUUGCCCCGAGGCGACGAAGAUAGACCACUGUUAUCCAUAUCACCACAAGAUGGGUCGAUUUAUAAAUCAACAUCCCAUCUCUUUUUUGGCGGCGACUUAAAUUAUCGAACUUCUCUAAUGUCUCCUGCGGCAAAUGAUUAUGCCAACAUAUUUCCGCAACCGAACGAUCUCAUUUCCUCUUCUAAUCAUUAUUCAGCCCUAUUCAAAAACGAUCAGCUCAAUCGAGAACGAUUAGCUGGUCGAACUUGUCAUGGGCUUAUUGAAGCUCCGGUGUCAUUUCCACCUACAUACAAAUACGAUUCGGAAGGGCCAUUCAUGACAGCAGAUGGUGAACUGAAUAGAUGGCCAUGGGCAAAACACAGAUGGCCCAGUUGGUGCGAUAGAAUUCUAUACCUCGAUAUGCCAUCUUGGGUGCAAAAGAGUAACCCGGAAGCCAAGAUUAUCCCGAAUAAAUAUACUGCAUUGCCUCUUCUGCCGACUUCAGAUCAUAGAGCUGUAGCUUUGGAUGUAACUAUUCCUCUAUUGCCUAUUCCAGAACCGGAAGCAGGAGAAGGGGGAGAUGAUCCAAGAGCCCACAUGCCCUUUGAUAUUGAUAUUGAUUGGAAAAAGAAGAGGGAAAGAGCUAGAAUGCUAGAAAUAGUGGUGGGUUUCACAAUGUACUUUACUAGUACCAAGGAGGGGGCUUCUUUAUUCAUUGCAAUAGUCGUUAGUGUUGUAGGGGCUAUAUAUGUUCUCAGGGCAUUCUUCAGUGCCUGA